AAGGUCUAAUAUAGAUACCAUCGCAUCCUCGUUGUUGUCGGGAACGUGAACUUCGAAAUUGAGAGUCAUGACUGACUAUUUAACUUGUUCGUCCUAAAUUCUUUGUGGUGAACGCCGCCUGCUUUUCCUCCUUAACUCCAAAAAGUGCUUCAGCUGUUUUUCUUUUGAUGCGAGUGUUGCCACAGGGCAGUGCGAAAGAUAUCGUGGUCUAAAUUCUACAGUCCGUCUGCGCGAAAGCAUUCUGCUGCCUAUGCUAAAAAUCCCGGAAGGGCUUGAAAUGGUGUUAGACCAUCUCAGUCCUCCAUUGCCUCUUCUUAGCUCUUCUUUCAAAGCUGACCCAGCAUGUCGUCGGUUCCGUCGUCUCCCUACGCAGACACGAGCUACGGCAUAACAGUCGCCGACGGCGUGUCCAAACAGAAAAACGGUGCUGGGAUUGAUGCGACGGAACAUGUAUAAAGAGACUGGGAAGAACGGAAUUUACUCCUCUUUCAAUUUGUCCCCCCAAAUACUGCUGGUCAGUAAUUCCUUCAUCGUGCACCGCUGCGUAAUCCUCAUUCUUCUUCAUUACAUGCACAUCAACGUCGCUAAUAUCGUUCUUGGUCUCGUCUAUGCUUUGUCCUCUGUGGUGUACGCAGCACCUACUAUUGGGAAUUCUAUGCAGAUACUAGAUCAUUUCCCCGCUCCAUCUCCCUAUCCACUAAAAAUCACCGUCUCAGUCAAUCUUCCUCACGGACGUCCAUUCGCGCCUCAGGAAUCAAUGCCCUACGUCCCACCAAAAGACUUUUCCUGUCGUCUACACGAGAUUAUUCAAUCUCUCAUGAGAACCUGGACGAAAAACGCCAAACAAGAAGUCCAACUGCAUUACCAAAAUGCGUUCUUGGACGUCAAACCUUCCGGCACGGACGAAAUCCAAGUAACGUUUUUUGAUGAUUACUUCUGCAGAGCUGAUCCGGGUCGAAAUCCGUGCACGAUCCAUUUGCCGUACAAUGGCCAAUCGUAUUUCACAGCGCGCGAUUCCAUAAAAUGGGUUCCUCCAAAAAGAAUACAAUGUUCUGUGAUGUAGUAAUAUGGCAUGUACGAAUUUGGGGCAGGUUGUACAGUCUUUAAUCUUGUAUUAUGUGCAUGGGUCGUCUGAUAUGUGUUCAAGGAGAGUCGCAGGAGGCGCCGUGAUUAAUCACAGAUGCUUGUCAUGCAAAUACUAGUCAACCUAACCCCCUGGAACCUGCUUCCAAUA